GACGCAGACGCAAGUAUGGCACGCACCGGCGCCACGACCACGACGGCAGCUGCCGCGGUGCUGCUCCUGCUGGCGCUGGUGGCCACGGGCGCCGCCGCGGUCGACGCGGCCGCUGGUGGCUACGAGAUGACCGCGGCUGCUGCCGGCGGUCGGGCCCAGCCAGCGGGGCUGACGCAGUGCAUGGGCGGGUGCGGGACGAAGGUCGCAUCGUGCCUCCUCGACUGCUACAACACGUCCACGGGAGGGACCAUGCCCAUCUGCUACCUCGGAUGCACCAACAACGCCGUCUUCUGCGCCACCGACUGCACCACCCAGGGGCUCUGAUUCCCGAUCAAUCCAUCGACCAAUCCAUCCGGCUAGCGAUGUAUCAACGCAUACGCACCGCAUCCAAGUAUACACGUUCCACCCCGGACCCUCUCACGUAUGAAUAAGAUCAGUUGUAGUACUUCGUUUCAGUCGACACGUGCGACUAGACACGAGCUUGUAUGCUGAAGUGGUGAAUAUACACAGCUUGCUAUUAUGUACUUACAUAAUGACUCUAUCCCACUCUAUUUAUGUGGUUCUAA